GGCAUCAGCCACAGUCCGGACGGUUUAUCGGAUCAGAUCUGGCUUUUCGUGCCGGAAUGGGACAGAUCCUGCGUUAGUCGUUGUCGGCACAGAACUGUACGAGUAGACUAUGGGCGCUGUACGAUACCGUACCGUGCCGUGCCUCCGCCGUCAAAAGGCCCAGCUGUCGUUCCAUUUUUAUUCCUAUUUUUUCACGUCUUUUAUAUAUAUAUAUAUUUUCCCAUCUUUUCCCCUCUUUUCCCCUCUUCCUCUCCCUUCUCUCUCGCUUUCCGGGUGCCCAGGGAGGGAGAGGUUGCACCGGUACCCUGACCGUGCUCGUUCUCGAGUGCUACCGGUAGUACGGUACAUUACAGUACCGGUACCUGUAUCAUACCACAGAACCCAUAUUCUCCUCGCAUCACUACGGCACCAGUGCCUCAUCUUGCCCCCUCCUCCUCCACAUAUAGACCACCACAGCCAUCCCACCUCAUCACUCGACCCCCGCCCACAUCAUACCCAGCUUCCGGCCCCAGCCUUGACCGGCACCACGAACUCAACAUAUCAGACUCGCCUGCCAUCCGACAUCGAUACCCCUACCGCAUCGUUGCGAUAACCCUACUGCCGCUCCUCCCAUCGCAGCCCCUUCUUCCCCCUUCCCGUUAAACGCCACCUAUACCCUUUCCUUCCCAUCCCUUAAGCCCCCCCCCAAACCCCUCGCCAACCUUAAAGACAGCCCCUUUCCUCAUCUUCCUUCAUCGAGAUGGCAUCGUCGGACCGCCUUCGUUUGAUCCGCUCAGCACGAAACUACCAUAUCUGUGGCCGCGUGGUAAGGAAUCCCUCGCCCCAUCGCAUCCCUACAAUCAUCGCUAACAUCCUUCCUUAGCCCCUGGUUAAUGUCGUUGCGCUCUUUAUCGAGGUGGCGGGAUUAGCUCGUGUAGCUAUGCAAUAUGACCUGCACUUUGGCUCCAAGCCAAUAUUAACCAUGAUGAUUACCAACUCGGUAUAGUGCCUUUUUUUCUCCUUUUUUCCUUUUUCCCGUUUGAAAUGGCGUGACCCUGACUUUCUGGAUGCCCUUGAGCUCGACCUGAAGGCUAAUAGUGGAAUCGUUAUGCCAGUUGCUGAACGGAGUGGCAGACACCAUCGCCCAAACCGCCACCACCAUACGGGCUAAAAACCGCAGACCUCGGGACCUCGGAAAGAAGGAUAGCAUCUCAAUAGAGAUCCACGAGUUGAACGAGAAGGGACCCUUACCCACCCAUCGAGCGGAACUCUUGACCAGCACACCACCGCCCCUUGACUUCGAACGGUUGGUGAGAUAUAUGGCAUGGGGUAUGCUAUGUGACGGAAGGUUUCGAGCAAAGUAAACAAUCUCUAACCCUAUACCCUCUAGGUUUCCUUAUUGCGCCGUUGCUAUUCAAAUGGUUCGGGUUUCUCUCGGAUACCUUCCCCAUUACGCCAACCAGCAGAACCGCACCGGCUCUCUGGCGUGUAGCCAUUGAUCAACUCAUCUUCUCUCCUAUCUGUAAGUUGUAUACUUGAGAACUCCACACUGAACUAUCCCAAUAAUCGUGUCUAUGCGUUUUAGCCCUCGCAGUCUUCUUCACCUAUAUGACCCUGGCGGAGGGAGGUGGAAAGAAGGCCGUCAUUCGAAAGUUCGAUAUGGUUUACCUUUCCGCUUUGUAUGCACCCUUCUGCACGCUUGCCCUAAAUACCCUGGCUUAUCAAAUGAUCCUUAGGAAAUCCAACUAUAUUCUAUGGCCAGCUGUUCAAAUACUAAACUUCCGAGUUGUUCCUCUUUCGCUCCAGCUGGUUAGUUUGGAACCGUAUUUCACCCAACGCGGUGCAAGCAAACUGACCUUUUAUAUCUGCAGCCUUUUGCCUCGACCGUUGGAAUCGCCUGGACAGUGUACCUUUCGCUCACCAACGAUGCCGCGGAUUAACUGCCCGUUGUAUAUCCCUGUUUCACUUCCCGUAGACUCGGCCCAAGAAUCUCUCAAAGACAGUCCAAUACCAAACCCCCCCACAAGCCCAACUCUCACGGCUAGUAGGCUAUCAAAAAAAAAAAAAAAAAAGACAAGCCUGCUUUCUUUCCAUCCCCAUCCUUUCCACUUUCCACGCUUUCCUUUCUGGGGUCCAAUUAUUUGCAUAUAUGGUGGGAUAAGGGCAAGG